AUGGAAGCGUUAGGAUUAGAUGGACUUGAUAUUAGACACAGGAAGCUGGGUGUCAUUUCUCAACCUCGAGCUUUCCUCUCUUUGUUGAACCCUGGACAUUUCUUCUCUGUCGAACCAUCACGCUUUACUUUCUCUUUCGAACCAUCUUUGGUCUCAGUUCGGUGUCCUCCUGUGGAGCCAUCUUCGGUGUGGGUGUUCGUCUUUGGAGUCGUCUUCGGUGUGGGUGUAGAUCGUGCUUUGGUUCUUCGUCGCCUCUCUCUGUCUAUUAUUGUGACCUUCAUCAAUCCUUCAUCAAGCACUGUGGUUGGGGCUCAUUGUUGGGUGCGGUGUCGUAGUUCGGCGUUGAGUAGCUUAAUCGGGCUUAAUCUCGAACCAUCAUCUUCGUCGCUGGAACCGUAGGAGUCCCUGCCUUCAAUCGUGGUGUUCCAAUCGUGGUGCCGUUGUGGGGUAAUCGUGUUCGCCGUCAA